AUGAUCAUCAUCAGAGCACUCUCCAGAUUCACAGCAACAGCAAAACCAACAACAACCACCACCAAAAACAACUACAUUCCCACUUCCACACAACAACCACCAACAACAACAACAACCACCCAGAACAACAACACCAACCGAACCAUCUGCCAUCUAGGAACACUCUUAACACUGUGGGCGCACACCGGAGGAGGCAGACCGGCGGACAGGAUCGAUCUCUCCGAACUGCCGACCAUCAGCACAGAUCCAGACUCCUCCUCCUCCGAUCACGACCCCUGCGACCCCUUCCUCAGCCCCGGCUAUCUCCGCUUCGACCCCAUCGAUCCGCUCGAUAAUAAUUGGCUCCCCUUCGACCACAGUUGUCCCCCCGUCAGUCUCCUCAAACCGCUCUCCAACGACCUCCAACAAUUCGUCACUCGCAACGCUUCGCCGGCUCGCAAUCAUCCUUCCUCCUUCGCUUUGCCUUGGUUGGUCAAUCGGACAGUCGUCCUUAUUGGCGACUCCAUCGAACGAUUCCAUGCGCGUGAUUUCUGCGACUUAUUAUCCUCGUCGACCGAGCCGCCGUUCCACGGGAUAUCCGAGAACGGCUUCAGUCCGAGUCCCUCGAACAGCACGACCCCGUCGCGCUCGUUCUAUGUGAGCACGGCCGAGACGCCCGAGCUGAAGCGACGGCCAUCGUAUCUGUUCGACCCCGAUCGUCCCGACGCCGUCCCGCCCACCUGGCCCGUCGACCAACGCCAACGCUAUCUGGACCAUCAUCGCGAAUGGGCCGAUCGCGAUAAUAUUCGCACUAGUCCUUGGGUCUGCGAGGUCCCUAGCUACGGAUUCACUAUCGUCACUCUCUUCACUUUCGGGCUCGAGCCUUACCAAGCUGGCUCCUACUACUCCGACCAAGACUGGUUUAUCACGCCGUCGUCGUUUGAGGACAAGCUAGACCAGACGCUAGUUCCGUUACUGAAGCGUCUAGCGGAACAGCGGGGAGCACCAAGGCUUCUGGCCCCGGAUUUGAUUGAGGUGUCCAGCGGACUAUGGGACCUGCGCCAAUGGUCGGAAGAAGACAGUCGGGAGUUGAAGCUGCCGCUGGACGACAGCACCGAGGAAGUCUAUCUUCCGCUCUCGGAGGCCCGACUAGACUGGUGGAGCGAGCGGGCCCGCAAGGCGCUCCGCCACGUCGACAGGCUCUUCACCACUAACGCUACCAUUCUGUGGAGAUCGCUCCAUCAUACCAGAAGACACUCCGUAGCCCCGUACUCUAGAGUCCAGCAACUCGACCAAUUCGCCGCUUAUCUCGUCCGCUCUAUCAUCGCCAAUCCUAAGGAAUUUCCAUCCUUGGCUCGACGGUUGAAAAUCGACACUUGGGGUAUUUCCACCCCUUCUCUUUUGAUCUUCAAAAUCGGAGAUUGA